AUGACGCCAAUAUGGCUCUCAGAGGAUCAUUCUGAUACUAGCAGAGAUGCGAUCGAAGAAGAGUUCAUAUGUAGAAUCAGUAUCAGAAGUAUCAGAAAACCAAGUCAUAUGAAACUUCCUAGGCCUUGGGGAGAUGAAGAAGAAUUCGCAGAAUUCUGGGCAGUCUAUGAAACACUGGUACAUCAGAAUAAAGUACUCAGAACAGUUGAGAAAAUGCUUCUUCUCAAAGAUAGUCUUCGAGCAAGAGCGGAAAUGACCAUCAAAUGGAUACAAUCAAUUCCCCAGAAUUAUAAAGGGGUGGUUGAAAGUAUAAAGAACAAAUAUGGUAACAAACCUAUAAAUAGAGCAAAGAUCUUGCAGAAACUAACUGAUCUUCUAUGUGCAAAGAACAAUGCCGAGAAUUGCACAUAUAUUUUUUGGGAAAAUAGGAAUGUUGAUUAA